AAAUCAAGAGAGUCAACUAUCUACUCAGACGUAAACGGAAUAAGGUCUUCAGAUUGCAGUGGGCUAUAUAUUGUUUGCAUUUUAAUCAUUUUUGUUUUAUGCAAAUCGAUGUGUGAAGUGGAGCCUCAAGCAUUCCAUAAGAAAAAUACGACUCUCUUACAAGUCGGUCGUCUCGGAAAUAUCCGAGCCUUCGUCGGCUGUAACUUUUUAAAUUAAAUUACUAAAUGUUAAAGUGCAAACUCAGGUGAUUGAUGCUUCUCAUCCACUAAUAGAGUCACAACGGAACUAUUAUAAUUUUAUAAUCUAUGCUAAUUCAUCGGUUUGACCUCGUCGCGCCUUGAUUUAAGGAUCUUGUUCCACUUUUUGUUUCAGAUCCUGCACAUUAUUUGCGGCGUCAACAGGCUCUGUGUGACUGAAGACUUCAUUAAGUCAGUUACAUUAAUCAUUAUGAUGCCGAUGAUUAAAUUAAUACUGCUAUUGUUCCUGUGGUCUGCGGUUCAAAGUUCACCCUAUGAUGAUGGCAAAUAUAAACCGAAAAAAUAUGAUUUUUACGAUGAUGGAAAAUAUUAUAGACCUUUAGAUGAAGGAAAAUACAUUCCAGGAGAUGAAGGACGAUACACCUAUAUUUAUCAACAGGGCUUAUAUCCAUUCGAUGAUGGGGACUAUCGAUACGUGCAUCAGGUUGGCCCUAAUGGUGGUUUUGGUGGUAAUGGAGGCUUUGGAGGUAACGGAGGCUUUGGAGGUAACGGAGGAGAAGGAGGUUUUGGACCUGGUGGUCCAGGAGGGCCAAAUGGCCCUAAUGGCCUUAACGGACCCGGUGGACCUCCUGGGCCUGAUGGCAGAGACCCUGGCUUUAGAGAACGUCCUAGUAAAUAUAGUGGAAUUAGAAUUUACGCUAGUAGAUAUCCUUAUAUUCACAAAGUCAUCAAGGGACUGGUUGAAAAAUAUGUGUCUUUCGAUGGCUUACACUUUGGAAAUGAAUACGAUAGCAGUUCCAAUCAUUUCAAGAAAGUUUAUGCGGACAAAGAAAUUGCGGUUAAGUGCAAAUAUCUAACACCGAAUUUCAAAGUCAACGAGACAUCCGAAUUCGUAACUCAAUACCCACCAACAGUGAACCUUCCAAACGGUGAGAAGUUCGGAUCAUACUAUAGUUUCAGAGGAACAAAGAUUUUGGAUACUGUUGCGAAUUCACUUAAAAAUAAACUGAAAUUAGAAUACGAGGUGUUUGUAAGGGUCGUCGACGAAGUAUCUUAAUGAAAAUAAAAUAUAUUUAUUCACUGCGAUUUCUUCAGACUUUAACUUAAAAUGGAUGUUUUAAAUUUUACCUUGUCAAUAAAACUUAAAGCUGA